CAAAUAUUUAUAAUUUAUUGUCACAUGUCAUUGGCUUAAUAAAUGUCAAAGUUGAAUAUCCCUCCUUCUGGGAAGUGCAAAAUUUACUUAAAUUUUAAUUAUAAUUAGUUGUUAUUAUCCUGUGCACGUCAACAAUCCGUAUCAAGAAAUUCCGUCGUGUUUCUAGUGUGGAAAUCCAAAUUUACACCCAGGAGCAAAUAGUUAAAAAUACAAUGGGGACAUACUGCAUUACAUUAACCUGGAUGGUAAACAAGUAAAUAUAAACAGGAACAGAAGCUGUUGAAUGUGGGCGUACCUUGUAAAUCCCUUUAAAUUAAUAAAUAAAGGUGGAUAAUUGCAAUGGCACAUUCUAUAAAUGGUGAUACGGUUUCUGAAUGUUCAGAAGCCAGCACCUUGAUUGAUGGAUCUGUGAUCUCAACUGUUCCAGACAGACAUGGUUUCUUAGGUGGAACUCAAUACUCUCCUGAACCCAGACAAGGACCUCCUCCAGAAACUGUUUUGAGACGAGAGAGAAAAUGGCUCAAAAUGUUAUCUACAUGGCCAUUUUACAUGCAGAGGAAUUAUAGAAAAAUUAAGGAAAGAUGUAGGAAAGGCAUUCCAAUGUCAAUAAGGCCGCGUGCAUGGCUGUACAUAUGUGGUGGUCACCAACUCAUGACUCAUAAUCCAGGCAGGUAUGAAGAGUGCCUGAGAGCUCCAGGUGAAGCGAAGAGUUUAGAAGAUAUAAAAAAGGAUAUUCACAGACAGUUUCCUACGCAUGAGAUGUUUAAUUCGGAAGAUAAACCAGGGCAGCAUGAACUUCUAAAUGUACUGAAAGCCUAUACAGUGAACAAUCCGGAGAUAGGUUACUGUCAAGCUCAAGCGCCUGUAGCUGCGUUUCUUCUUAUGCACAUGCCUGCUGAACAGGCGUUUUGGUGUCUAGUUUCCAUAUCAAACAAAUAUUUGCAAGACUACUAUUCACCUGAUAUGGAGGUGGUGCAAAGAGAUGGGUUUAUAUUACAAGGUCUUCUAAAGAAGGUAUCUCCCCAAGUCUAUCGGCAUCUCAAAAAAGUUAACGCUGAGCCAAUGUUCUACUGUACAGAGUGGUUCCUGUGUGCGUUUACUCGCACUUUACCUUGGGACACAUUGUUACGUGUCUGGGAUGUAUUUCUAUGCGAAGGAAUAAAAAUUUUAUUUAAAACUGCUCUCGUGAUACUUAUCGGGUGUCUCGGUACAGCUAAAAGUAGACGCAACUGUCCAGGUCUGUGUGAAACUUUGGCUCGGCUUAGAAAUCCACCCGAAGAGAUAUUAAAUGAAGAAAAUCUGAUUUAUAACAUAAAUCGGCUGGAUAUCACCGAACGGGACUUUCAAAUCGAGCAUCAGAAGCAGACAAAAAAAAUCAAGUUGGAAAAGCUAGCUAAAACCAACAGCGACCAAACCAGAUAGUAAAUCUGUCAUUUAACUAUCUUUAAUACUAUUUUUAAGAGAGUAUCGUAAAAGCCUACAUCAAAAAAGUUCAAUUUUACAGUUGAUGUUGGGAUUACCUGUUAACCAGAUAUUCUAAAUUACAUACAGGGUUGUCAUUAAUAAGGAAUAAAUUAAAUAAAACAAGGCUUUUAUAACUUACUUGACAGUCUCGUUUUGAUAGGUUUUUGCUGCUGUUUUGUUUUACUUACUAAACAACAGAAUAUUCUAAAAUAACUGAUUGUUAGUAGCUUAAUUUUUAAACAUAAAUCUUUUCAAAACUGUUUUUAACUGGAUUUGAAAAAACCACUCUUAACCAAAAUAUGAAAAAUUACGCUAUACUGUCAAAACUUGCCGAUCAGCAAAUAAGAAUCAAGGGUCGGCAAAUUUAUACCUUAGUUAAACGCAAUCCUGUAUAAAGUAUUAUGCUUAGAUAUUAUCAGUAUUUUGUAUAGAUUUUUAGAUCAGAUCCCUAGGUCAUAUCAUAAAAACUUCCAUGGGAAAAGUAUUUAAUAUUUAUUUUACUAAGUAGUAGAUUUAUCUGCGAAAAUUUAGUCAACUCCAAAAAAAACUCGUAAAUAUUAAAUCGUGCAAUUAACCUAUUUUGUAUCUGGUCAAACCAAUGCAUUUUAGGGCAUUAACUUUAUGUACAAUUUUAUUGAAAAAUACUGGUUUAUGAAAGAACAAUGUUGUUGGAUGGAAUUAGAUAGAAUUUAAUUGUUAAAGCAGCUUCUUGUUGAGACUUUAAACUGUAUUUUUGGAUACUUUAACUAUGAACAUGCAUUUAUAACUUGUAAGUUAGUAUUAAGAUUUUGUUAUUUUAGUCUGAUUUAUUAUCAGAUUUAAGAUACGUGUAGAUAAUUUAGUUUUUGUUUUGCGAUGUUAUUUUUCAGGUAUGAAACUGUAACUAUUCUACUUAUAGCGUUAUGCCCUAAGGGUUUUUUAAAUCCUUAAUUGGUAAAUAAGUAAACUUUGGUUUGAGUGAAACUUAUAUAAAACUGGAUUGAUAUCACCAUAUGGGCAACUUAUUAUGUUAUUACCAGUUACAAUUUAAGAUACGUACACAUUCUAGUCUAUAAGGUGCAAAUUUUAAUAACUCAUCAAAAUUAUAUUGUUUGCUUAGUAGUUGAUUUAUAAUUAGUGCUUCCAGAUGUAUAAAUAUUGUUAACAAUUCAUAUUUAUUUUAUGUUUGAAACUUACAUUACAGUAAUAUAAACAAUGUAUUGAAAUUACCAUAAUUGUCAA